UCCCCCAGUUGCGUGUUUCCUUCCUGUCAAGCCCCCUGGGAAGCUGCAGGGUGGAGAAGCACAGCCCGCACUCCAGCAAGAAACAACCUAACUGAAGGCUAGGUCAGGCUGAGGGGAUUCGGCUGUAGAGCCGUGGAGGAGGGGAGGUGGAGGGGGCGCUGGGGCUCUCACUUCCUCCAGCCCAGUCCUCCCUCCCAGUCAGCCCGCGACAACCCGCGCCAGCCACCCGGUCUCACAGAAGCUGGACUUCGUGGACACCAUGCAGUGGAUUAGAGGCGGAUCGGGAAUGCUGAUCACUGGAGAUUCCAUCGUUAGUGCUGAGGCAGUAUGGGAUCACGUCACCAUGGCCAACCGGGAGUUGGCAUUUAAGGCUGGCGACGUCAUCAAAGUCUUGGAUGCUUCCAACAAGGAUUGGUGGUGGGGCCAGAUCGACGAUGAGGAGGGAUGGUUUCCUGCCAGCUUUGUGAGGCUCUGGGUGAACCAGGAGGAUGGGGUGGAGGAAGGGCCCAGUGACGUGCAGAAUGGGCACCUGGACCCCAACUCAGAUUGCCUUUGUCUGGGCCGGCCACUACAGAACCGGGACCAGAUGCGGGCCAAUGUCAUCAAUGAGAUCAUGAGCACGGAACGUCAUUACAUCAAGCACCUCAAGGAUAUUUGUGAGGGGUACCUGAAGCAGUGCCGAAAGAGAAGAGACAUGUUCAGCGAUGAGCAACUGAAGGUCAUCUUUGGGAAUAUUGAAGACAUCUACAGAUUUCAGAUGGGCUUCGUGAGAGACCUGGAGAAGCAGUACAACAAUGAUGAUCCCCACCUCAGUGAGAUAGGACCCUGCUUCCUAGAGCACCAAGACGGAUUCUGGAUAUACUCUGAAUAUUGUAACAACCACCUGGAUGCAUGCAUGGAACUCUCCAAGCUGAUGAAGGACAGCCGCUAUCAACACUUUUUUGAGGCCUGCCGCCUCUUGCAGCAGAUGAUUGACAUUGCCAUUGAUGGUUUUCUUUUGACUCCAGUACAGAAGAUCUGCAAAUACCCUUUACAGUUGGCUGAACUCCUCAAGUAUACUGCCCAAGACCACAGUGAUUACAGAUAUGUUGCAGCUGCUUUGGCUGUCAUGAGAAAUGUGACUCAGCAGAUCAAUGAACGCAAACGACGUCUGGAGAAUAUUGACAAGAUUGCACAAUGGCAGGCCUCUGUCUUGGACUGGGAGGGAGAGGACAUCUUAGACAGGAGCUCGGAGCUGAUCUACACUGGAGAGAUGGCCUGGAUCUACCAGCCCUAUGGCCGUAACCAGCAGAGAGUCUUCUUCCUGUUUGACCACCAGAUGGUCCUCUGUAAGAAGGACCUAAUUCGGAGAGACAUCCUAUACUACAAAGGGCGCAUUGACAUGGAUAAAUAUGAGGUCAUUGACAUUGAAGAUGGCAGAGAUGAUGACUUUAAUGUCAGCAUGAAAAAUGCUUUCAAGCUUCAUAACAAGGAAACAGAAGAAGUGCAUCUGUUCUUUGCCAAAAAACUGGAGGAGAAAAUACGUUGGCUUAGAGCUUUCAGAGAAGAGAGGAAAAUGGUACAGGAAGAUGAAAAAAUUGGCUUUGAGAUUUCAGAAAACCAGAAGAGACAGGCUGCAAUGACUGUGAGAAAAGCUUCUAAACAGAAAGGUGUCAACUCGGCCCGCUCAGUUCCUCCUUCCUACCCACCACCACAGGACCCGUUAAACCAGGGCCAGUACCUGGUCCCCGAUGGCAUCGCUCAGUCUCAAGUCUUUGAGUUCACUGAACCAAAACGCAGCCAGUCACCAUUCUGGCAAAACUUCAGUAGGUUAACCCCCUUCAAAAAAUAGUACCUAUAGGAAGGCAGAUAAUUUUAAAAUAAAUAAAACUAUAUUUAUAGAUGGACUUUUUUUUGGAGAAGCACUGUUGAAAAUUUAUGUGUGUGUGAGUGUGUGAGUGUGUGUGUGUGUGUGUGAGAGUGUGUGCCUGUGUGUGUGUGCGCAUGCGCACACACACACAGGCACACACACAUGGACCUUUAAGUAUACAUGUGUGUGUGUGGGCAUGUGUGCACAUAUGCAUGCACAUGCAUGUACACAUACAUACAUAUACACACACGGAGAAGGACCACAACUAUUUACUGUUGUUUUAGGUAAUUGAAAUCUAUAGUUGGUAAGAAGUACCACUGACUUUCAAACAUGUGAUCACUUCUUUAAAUUUUUAGUUCUUAACCUUGUUCCCCUCCCUUUCCUUCAGAAACUGAAUCUCUCUUUGUUCUUUUUCCUGUUAAGAUAACCUAUUCACUCCUCUGGUUCACUGACCUGUCAUUAUUCCCACAGAGUAUUUGCAUUGUUUUAUUUGCCUUUCCUGAUAAUACUGAUGUUGAUAACUUUUGAAUUUAAUUUGUGUGGUGGGUUUGGAAUUUCAUUUCUCUCUUUGUCAUUUUUCACUGAGAAGGGGAGGAUUCCCAUCUCCUGUCCUUCAUGCGACCAUCUGCAAAUGUUCCUGUAGCCCUGCGGUUAUACCAACAGCCUUUUCACAGCACCCUGUGUCCACAGUUGUGCCAGUCUAGACAUGCUCUGUUGUGCCCUGUGACUUAUCUGCUUGGUAUUUCUAUUGCUUUCACUGUUUUAGGUAUUGUGGAAGGAUAUAAAACCAAACAGAAACAAAGGAAUGAAAGAAUGGAAUGAGAAUUUUGUUAAGGGGGAUUUUUCUAUUUAGGUGAUUUCUUCU